UGGGGUCCAUGCUCUUCGCGCUUAUUCCUUGUCAGCUCUUCGUUGCCUACGUCCUGGAGCGAGCGGCAGCGGGAUUGGCCAAACAGACGGUUGGUCGGAGUAAGAAAGACGGCCAGACGGGGCAGGGUGAACGGGACCAGCAGUUCAAGAUCUUCCGGACCAUCUGGCGGUUUGCGCUCCCUCUGCAUAUUUUGAAUGAUGUUGUCAAUCUGGCCGUGACGAGCUUCGUGGUCUACUACUACAUCCAUCACCCCGGCAUCGGCACGCUCUGUGAGGUCCAUGCGAUCAUCGUAGCCAUGAAGAACUGGUCCUACGCUUUCACCAACCGUGAUCUACGCGAGGCGAUGCUGAAGCCGUCCGUCGAAUCGAACCUUCCGGAGAUUUACUCCUCCUGUUCGUAUCCGAACAACAUCACGCUAGGCAACCUAGCUUACUUCUGGUUUGCCCCGACCCUGGUAUACCAGCCCGUCUACCCCCGGACGGAGCGCAUCCGAUGGUCGUUCGUGGGGAAGCGCAUGUUUGAGUUCUUCAGCUUGCUCGUUUUCAUCUGGCUCCUCUCGGCGCAGUAUGCGGCCCCGGUCCUGCGCAACUCGAUCGACAAAAUCGCUACCCUGGACAUCGCGUCCAUUAUGGAGCGGGUGAUGAAGCUGUCCACCAUCUCCCUCAUUAUCUGGCUUGCCGGGUUCUUCGCCCUCUUCCAGGCUUUACUGAACGCCUUGGCGGAGGUGAUGCGGUUUGGCGAUCGCGAAUUUUAUACGGACUGGUGGAACAGCUCCAGUCUGGGGAUGUACUGGCGGUCCUGGAAUCGGCCCGUGUAUCUCUUCAUGAAGCGCCAUGUCUAUUCUCCCAUGAUUGGACGGGGCUGGAGUCCUCUGGCGGCCAGCUCCGCGGUCUUUACCAUUUCCGCUAUUCUGCACGAGCUGCUGGUGGGCAUUCCCACUCAUAAUCUUAUUGGUAUGCGUUCUCGUCUGUAUCCCCCACGUGUCGACUUGUGUCGUGCUAACCGGCCGUUAGGUGUUGCGCUCGUGGGCAUGCUCUUCCAGCUGCCCCUGAUUGCGAUGACGGCUCCCAUGGAGAAGAAGCAAGGUCCUGCCGGUAGGGCCAUGGGAAAUUCCAUCUUCUGGAUCAGCUUCUGUCUUGUAGGCCAGCCGUUGGGAGCCUUGCUGUACUUCUUCGCAUGGCAAGCGAAGUAUGGCAGUGUGAGUAGAAUGUGAGUCGGAAGGAUGUAGGAGGAAUAAGGGGUCUAGUGUAUUCAGCCGGCAUGUUCUUCUGCCAAGCCCUCGGAGUUAGCCGCAGAGAAGCAAGUCGAAGCUUCGCUAGAAUUGGUAAUCGAAUGUUUCUUGACAGCCCGUGAUAACCCAACACGUAUGCGCGCCGUCUGGCUAAUUGUGUAGAAGCACUUCGCGAGAUGUAAGCGUGGGCGUCUGAGGGAAGGGAAUG